GCCCAUAUUCACCACUGCUUCCAACAUUCACUCGUCUCCUCUAAAACUCAUUCAUCGCCUCAUUAAAAACACACAUUUCAUUUUCAUUCAUCCUCUCGCUUCUGACCUGACCUGACCUAAAUCAUCAUCAUCGAAAAUGGUUUCCGCGCGUGAGGAGUUCGUGUACAUGGCCAAGCUCGCCGAGCAAGCCGAGCGCUACGAGGAGAUGGUGGAGUUCAUGGAGAAAGUGUCCGCCUCCGUCGACGGCGACGAGCUCACCGUCGAGGAGCGUAACCUCCUCUCCGUCGCCUACAAGAACGUGAUCGGCGCGCGGCGCGCCUCGUGGCGCAUCAUAUCGUCGAUCGAGCAGAAGGAGGAGAGCCGCGGCAACGACGACCACGUGGCGGCGAUCCGCGAUUACAGGGGGAAGAUCGAGACGGAGCUCACGGGGAUCUGCGAGGGGAUACUGAAGCUGCUGGACUCGAGGCUGGUCCCCGCCGCAGCGUCGGGGGACUCGAAGGUGUUUUAUCUGAAGAUGAAGGGGGAUUACCAUAGGUACUUGGCUGAGUUUAAGACCGGUCAAGAGAGGAAAGACGCCGCUGAGAAUACUCUCUCCGCUUACAAAUCUGCUCAGGAUAUUGCGAAUGCAGAGCUCGCUCCAACUCACCCAAUCCGUCUAGGUCUGGCAUUGAACUUCUCUGUGUUCUACUACGAGAUCUUAAACUCUCCUGAUCGUGCCUGCAGCCUCGCUAAACAGGCCUUUGAUGACGCGAUUGCGGAGUUGGACACUCUAGGUGAAGAGUCGUACAAAGACAGCACCUUGAUCAUGCAGCUUCUCCGUGACAACCUCACUCUCUGGACAUCCGACAUGCAGGAUGAUGCUGCGGAUGAGGAGAUCAAGGAAGAGUCGGCUCCAAAGCCAGCUGAGGAACAGCAGUAAUCAAAUCUUUUUGACUGAACUGCUGUUUUCUAGGGGUUUGGAACUUUUAUUCAUUCAUCGUAAUCCCUAGCAAGUUGGACCAUCAGUCAUCAUCUUUUAUCUCUUUGCCUGAUUUUCUCCUUUUUUAUUUGUUGUUGUUCUAUCUUUUUUUUUUUGUCUUCUGGGAUAUGUCUAUUUCAAUGUCUGCAAUCGAACCUUGCUUUGUGUGUUUCUAUUCAAUUUGAAAGGCUCUGUCCUUAUCUUGUUCUCAAA